UAAACUCUAAUUAUCAUAUCUGUAGUCCAAUCAGUAAAGAACAAGUUCAUUAUUUAUUUCAACAACAAAAGCACUGAUGAUUAUUUUUAACAAAAUUGGUGUCAGCUCAAUUUUGUAGAAAUAGCAAGAAGUCUUCUUAAACUACUCCAAAUUACUGUUACAAGAAUAACUGUGCCUUGAGCCACUGAACUCCUGGCAUCUCAUAUGGAGCGAUUACACCAAAUGGAAUUCAGGUAAACAACUACCUAAGUAUAAAUAUUUAAAAGUAUCUAAUUUUAUAGUGAACCAUGUCUGUGAAAAAGAAGAAUUUGGAUCUGUAUUUAGCAGAAAUUUUCAAAGAAUACAUUGCUAUAAAAGAUGAAAAUUAUAAGAAAUCACAAGAGAUAUUUAAUGCAGUGUUUGAAGAAGUUAAACUGAAAAUGGGAGAGAAAUGCAAUUAUUUCAAGAAAUACAGCAGCCAGAUCAUCAUCGCCGGUAGUGUCGAUGACGGUAUAAAAGUGUCCAAAUUGGAUGAAUUCGACAUGGACAUUGUCAUACGACUGCCGAUUAAUAGCGCGGACGAAAGCGAGAGAGGCAUAAUAAUGGAAUAUGACCAGCCUGGUUUCGUUAAAAUGAAGAUCAUCGACUGCUUUGAUAAUCUGGACAAGCAACCCGAGUGGGAGAAGUGUCACGUGGUGACGAAAGAAUGGCGCGACUCCGAUAAAUACUUCUUGCAAAACAAGUUCCGCAGUUGGUUGCACGGGAUCGUUCAAAAGACACUCAAAGAUAUGGACAGGAAAGUGAUCGUGCACGGUGUGAGUUAUGUGCUCACAUACAAGGAGUCGGGACCAGCAUACACUUUAAACAUAAAAAAUUGUAGCGGACCGGAGAAAUUUCUCCUGGACGUCGAUUUGGUGCCUGUCAUUAAGUUCACGCAUCCUCGGUGGCCUUCAGGCUAUAGAAAUAUAAAUCCUUCAUCCGAUAAUAAUCAAGUAAAAGAGUGGUACGUUGUACCGAAACCGAAUAAAUAUAUGCAAGACGACGUGCAGAAGAAUCGUUGCUGGCGACUCUCUUUUCAAGUCUUCGAGAAGAACAUGAUGAGAAAUCGGCAAAAUUUAAAAACUACCAUCAGACUGAUGAAGAAGUUGCGAGACAAUCUUGAUAUGAGAGCGAUCGCGAGCUACUACAUAAAGACAUUGUUCUUGUGGAAAAUCUCGCAAAAUGACGAGACAUACUGGCGGACUAAACCGAGCACACUCUUCCACACAAUGCUCAAAGAAUUUUAUGAUGCGAUAGAGAAAAAGAAUAUACCGUACUUCUGGCACGAAGACAACAAUUUGAUAGAGGGACUCAAGCCCUCAUUGCAGAAGAUAUAUUUGGAGAAACUGGCUGGUGUGCUCAAGAGCAUAGAAUCAAACGACGUCGACGCGUUGGUGACGGCAUUUCUUACACAGGCCGAGUUGAAGAAAUACAAGGAAUCGGAAUUUUAUAAGAACCAGAAAGCCAAAGAUGUCGCAGAUGCCGCGAAACUAUCAACAAAUGUCAUAACCAAGCAAGUUUCAGUGCCUAACGAAGAUAAGACGAAGUUAAUUAACUCUUUGAUUAGUAAAGUAGACAAGCUCACUUCUGCCGUGGCGGAUCUCCAAGAUAGGGUGAAACGAUUAGAAAUGUCUGUUAAUCUAGUGAAGGAAAACAGAACAAUUGAUGACAGCUUGUUGAAGUCAUUCUCUUCUCAAGAUUCGGGAGUUUCCUUAGACUCUCUUGUCAACUGAUAAUAAUAUAAUGCAUUUGCUAACGGCUUGUCAACUCGUAAUAAUAUAAUGCUUUUGCUAAGAGCCGUUACAGUUGACUGAAUGCAGCAGGAAAAUCUAAGCGAAUCGGUUGAAAAUUAGAAAAUGUAGCAACCUGGUCGCAAAUUGAAAUAAGCUAAUGAAACUGCACAUCAUACGAGAAACAGGAGAGUCACAAGUUAAGCGUGCACAGGGCACAGAGGGGCACAGAGGAUUUGCCAAAUUUAUUUCCUACUUAAGCAUACCUUUCCAAAGGAGUAUGUAGCAAAAGACUAAACCCAAAAACAUUACAUACUGUUUAGUGUCUUAUUUGAUAGAACACAUGGAGGAGCAGAAUCGGCUUCUAGCUGGCUUCAAGUUGAGGAUGGUUAUAGCACCAUGUUUUGACAGAAACAAAAAAAA